UUCACAAAACCAAUGUCUUAUGACUCAGGAAAAGAGAUCAAUCGCAGUUAUUUGUAGGUGUUGCAAUGUUUUUUACCGAAUAUGUGGGUGAUAAAUGAUGCCGAAAAUAUUAUGACAAGGGUCGCGUUAUGGAUAGUCAUAAAAAUUACUUCCUCAACAGAUCUGACACCACAUCUACUUCACAUAUAAAUUUCAGGGUAAACGAUAGCUAUUUCAGUUUCAGCUAUUUCAGAUAGCUAGUUCAGCUUCGAAGCAAACAUGGCUUGGAAGAAAUUUCACGUUUCUGCAAUAUCCUGCGUUGCUUUGGGUUGUAUUAUGCUCAUGUAUUAUGGCAAUUUCCUCAGCGUCGUGGAUGGUCGCCUGCAUGAAAUAUGAUAACAUUCUCAAAGCGACAAAAUACGCGUCCAGCGGAUUUAUGACCGAGGAACAAAAACGUCAAUUUGACUCCGGAACGCAGAUGGUAAAAGGGACGAACCUUUGUGUACAUCAUGGUUUGUUGAAACUGACAAUGGUAGCUGGAAAUCUGAUGAACGUGAACCUGGGGAUUAACAUUACCAGCAUGUCAAGAAGCAUCGUGUUCGGAGUCGUAAAUUUGGUAGGAGCACUUGUUUUCGGAGUGAUUGGUGGAAUUAUCCUGAUAGCCUUAUGUCGGGUCAAGCUCCAUGGAACUCUAAGUAAAUAA